AUUUAUUAUUGCUUUUCUAUUAUGCAAGAAUUUUGCUAAGAUUAAGAUAGAACAUGUAAGAUUUGUAUGGAAACUUUAAAUGAACCUUUCCGAAUUACAGACUGCUAACAUGAGUUUUGCAAGGUUUGUGCUAAGGAAUACUUUGAAUCAAAAAUUGAUGAAAGAUUAAUAGAUGAAUUUAGAUGUCCUCUUUGUUAAAAAAGCACAGAUGUCGAUUAAAUCUUACAAAUUAUUGAUCAAUUGCAUUAAGAACGAUAUCAUGAAUAGAAGAAUGAAAAAUUUUAAUUUUAAAAGCAAAGAAAGGAGAUGAUAAAGUUUUAUAUUAAUAAUAAAAACAAACUUAAUCUUUGUAGAUGUCCUUGGUGUGAGUAAAUAUUUCAUAGGGCUGAAAAUGGAUGUAAUUACAUAAGGUGUCAUUCACUAGAAUGCUAAGGAAGAAAUACUUUUUGUGCGUAAUGCGAUGUUGCUUUGACUGAUUUAGAUCACGAAAAGCAUUAUGAAAAUAAUAAUCCAUUCAAAGGGAAAUGUCGAGUAUUAAAUAAUGGUGAAUGGGUAGACAGAUCAACCAAAAAGUACUGAAUUUAUUAUAUAAAUAUAAUAAUGAUGCAC